CUUUAGGUUAGGCUGGGUAGAUCAGCUUAUUUUAGGUUGAUGAAGAAAUGGAAUACAAAGAAAUGUGUGCAUGAGGAAAUGUCAAUGCGCACACAAAUUUGCAUAAGAAAUUCUAAAUUGAAAUGAAGAUUGCCCUGGAAACAGUGUCAUUGCUGGAGGUGAAAACUAAAGGGAACACUGCAGACCACUGAAGGUGGAACUUUUGCCAGUGAGGCAAAGAACCCGCAGGAUCACACCAGCAUAUGGACAACAUGAUGCCAUCAGCUACAGAAUCUGUGUCAGAGGCUGGUGCAGGCAACUCUCCUGCUAAAACCAGAAGUCCAAAGAAGGGCAUGAAGCCACUUGCCACAAGCAAUGAUGGAGACACAAAAAUUGUUGUCACAGAAUCUCUCCCAGAAAUUAAGGGAAAGACCGCCGGGAAGCGUAAAGGGCGUGUGAUUGCUUCCCGGUACAAGGAGUCGGCGAAAAGCCGCGCCGUGGCCACUCCGACCAAGAUGUCCGACUCGUCGUCCAUCUCGAUCAACCAGAGCAAGCUCUUCUCGACGGCUACCUCCAGUACACCUGUGUCAGCCGCUGGGAAGACUCUGGAUACGUCUGUUCGACCGAAAGCCCCGCCGAAAAUGGCGCCCCUGGACACCACAGUGCGGCACCUCUCUUCUGCCGUCCCUACCGUCCCUGGAAAAGAUAAACCUCCUGUCCAAAAGAAGAAGGUCGAUAAAUCGGCCACCGUCAGAACGAAGCCGCUCAGAGUUGACCCUCCAGCAAAGACGCAGAAGGGAGCGGAGAAGGAGUGCGUAUCCGAGCACCAGCUGCUCUACAACCAGUACUUGCAGUGGACCUACCUGGGUCGAAUGGCGGAGGCCUCUAUGCGCCGGGAGCAGCCGCAGCUCGCUCACCAGGCGCAGCAGCUGGCGGGCCUGGUGGACACGGCUGGGAACCACUGCGCAGACCUGGAGCGCAAGAGGCAGGCGGUGACGCUGUACUGCGAGAUGGCGCAGCUGGAGCGACAGCUGGACACAAUCCUGGCCGACAUCAACGAGUCGGCGGAUACGGUACGUGCCGACCUCAGCCGGCUGACCACUACACUGGACGCUACCCGCAACCGGCUCCAGCUGAGUGGCUGUAACCUGCCCUCCGACUGUGUGGGGGAGCUGGAGGCGGCCGCCGAGCGGUGCCGGGAGGCGCUGUCGGCGCUGGACGCCUCCGUCUCGCCGCACGCCAACCUGCUGCAGCAUACGGCCGAGGCGGUGGAGUCGCUGCAGCGCGCCGUCCGCGAGAGCGGCCGCACCAUGGCCAGUUCGUCGGAGCUGCUGGACGAGCUGGGCUCGCUGUCGCUGCAGGAAGCGUCGCUCUCUCUGUGCUCGGGGGUCGCUGCUUCGCACCAGACAACCAUUACGUCCAGCGAGUAGCACCGGAACCGAGGCACAGGGCUGAUACUAGCGGACCAACAGUGUUACUAUACGGGAACGAAAGCGCGCUGUGCUCCCCAAAAUGUAUGUGAUUGUCACAUUGUGACACGUGCUUCCAGUGCGCACUAGGCUGCAACCGCCACCAUGCAAAAGCUUCAGCAAGGUGUGAUAUUUGGUUAGAUGUUGUUAUGCGCCCCGUGCACUGUCGAACGUUGCCGUUCCUCCACUUGAUGCAGCAUAAUGUCGCGAGAUGUCUUUUCGCGAGUGGCUGGUACUGUUGGGGGGGGGGGGGGGGGGGGGGAGAGUUCCAGUGUUGUUGACGCGGGCGUCUCGAUUUCGAAGCACUUGGUCGGGACUCGGGACGUGCGCCGUGAAUGUUCGUUGGUCCGCUCCGGUCCACUACGACAAAUAACUUGAAAUUGCUCGAUUUGCAUUGUUUUUAUAAGUGUGUAAGAAUUAAGAAAUAAUAUACGUAUGUGAGCUGCACAGCCAG